GAGGGUAGCAGGAGGAGGAUCCUCUGGCCAGCAGUUUCCUUGAAGAUUUUGCAGACUACUUCCUGCUGCCAUGAAGGAGCCCCCCAAGGUCAGCCGUGGCUCUGGCCUCCCCCCACGGUCUCACAAAGCCACCCAGAGCCACUGAUUCCGCUUUGACGGCCCCACCUGCAGGUCAAUCCCUCAAGCAUCCCUGGCAGAGGGUGCUGUCAACCCCACCCUGCACUCCCCACUUUGCAACACAUGGACCCAGCAGUGCCCCGGAUGGCAGAUUGCGUGUCCUGCUCCCAGCCGGCUGCUGCUCACCCGCGGACUCGGAUCACCGGGGCUUUGGCGUUGGCUUUCCGCUACCCUCCUGCUCUUUGGCACUGACUUGGACCAGUUGGCAUCCUGGAUUCAGCAAUACAGAAGCAACCUGACAGCCAUACCCUGAACCAGUUGCUAACCAGGCAUCAUGUCGGGAGAUUACGACGAAGAGAGGCACCGCAAGGCGAUGGAGCUUCUUCAGGUGCUGUGCUCCAACACAUGUGCUGCCCAGGAACGGGAGAAGUGUCAGGAACUGACGGGCCAUGUGGGUCCCAUCAACUCAGAAAUCUUGGUCAGUCUCCUGUCGGUGAUCGUGACCUUCUGUGGGAUCGUACUGCUGGGUGUCUCCCUCUUUGUCUCGUGGAAGCUCUGCUGGAUCCCUUGGCGGGAUAAAGGCUCCUCUUCGCAGACACAGCGCAAGGAGCACCCCCUGCACGCUCACCUCCACCACUCACCUUUUGGGGACCUCCUGGCGGAGCGGGUGGAGCUGGGGCCGGAGAUGCCCGAGAGGUCCUACCUCGAUAUGGAUUCCUACCCCGAGGCCAACCUCAAAGUCAGCCAGACCUCCCCCGACCUCCCUGUGGAAGGCCAGACUACCACCAAGGAGGGCAAUAUGCCCAAUGCCCAUUCCCACCAGCAGGUUGCAAGCUUGGCACCCACACCCAGGUACAACACACUGCCACGCCCCUUGACCCAGCAGUUGAGCAGCCCGGACACCGGAGUCCACGGAGGGGAGGAGAAGGUGGAGCAAGUGACCAGCAUCGGGCAGAUCAAGCCGGAGUUAUACAAGCAGCGUUCUGGGGAGUCGGACUCCAAGAAAGGGGAGGCCGCGAGCUGCGGGCGGCUGAGUUUUGCCCUGCGCUAUGCUUACGGCACGGAGCAGCUGGUGGUGAGGAUUCUCCGGGGUGUGGACCUGCCCGCCAAAGACGCCAAUGGCUUCUCAGACCCCUAUGUGAAAAUGUACCUGCUGCCCGACCGCAAGAAGAAAUUCCAGACUAAGGUGCACCGCAAGACGCUCAACCCCAUCUUCAACGAGACUUUUAAUUUCAACGUCCCCUUUGCCGAACUGCCCUCUCGGAAGCUGCACUUCAGUGUCUACGAUUUUGACCGCUUCUCCCGUCACGACCUCAUUGGCCAAGUGGUGCUGGACAACCUGCUGGAACUGGCCGAGCGGGACAGUGAUUCACCCCUCUGGCGGGACAUCAUGGAAGCCAGUUCGGAAAAAGCAGAUUUAGGAGAGCUGAACUUCUCCCUCUGUUACUUGCCCACCGCUGGGCGUCUCACGGCCACUAUCAUCAAGGCCACCAACCUCAAAGCCAUGGACCUGACGGGCUUCUCUGAUCCCUACGUUAAGGCAUCCCUCAUGUGUGAAGGCAGGAGGCUGAAGAAACGCAAGACGUCCAUCAAGAAGAACACGCUCAACCCCACUUACAACGAGGCCCUCGUCUUCGACAUCCCCCAGGACAGCAUGGAGCACGUCAGCAUCACGUUGGCGGUCAUGGAUUACGAUUGCAUUGGGCACAACGAAGUCAUUGGGAUGUGCCGAGUGGGCAGCGAUGCCGAUGCGCCAGGAAGGGACCACUGGGCCGAGAUGCUGGCAAAUCCACGGAAACCCAUCGAACACUGGCACCAGCUGGUGGAGGAGAAGACUCUGAACAUCUACAUCAACAAGAACCCUCCAGCACGGGACAAGCCCAGCAUCGUGGUCGAAAGUGUUCAUUCGGACUAAGGCCGUCGUCUCCAGCCCUUCUCCACCCAGGGACUGGGAACGGUGAUGGCGCCCUCAGAAUUUUCUGGACUGUUGUUUCCUCUGACCCACCCCUCAGGACCUGCCAGCGGGGGAGGGGGCUUGUCUGAGGGUGGGGAACGAGCCCUCCUUUCUCAAUCUCCAUCUCCCCC